CCGGAUCAAAUCAAGCUUGAUCCAGUCAUAAACCAAUCCAUUUUACAGGCGUACAGAAUCAAGAAGUGUACUUCGACUUGGUGCGUUCAUGGGCACCCAUUUCUCUACGCCAUACUCAUGUGGCAAGGUUAGUCCAUAGCCUCGUUUUCUUCUCUGUCUCUGUAUCGAGCUUUUCUGAAACUACUAUGUAUAUAGCAUCAAUGAAUUGAAUGAUUUUUCUAUUCAGAUUAGCUAGAAAUGGCUAUUAUAUUGAUGCUUCACUGCUUUCUCACGCAAAUGUAGAGCUUGUGUACUUAGAUUUUGUAUUACAUCGUGCAGUUCAUUAACACAUAGGAAAGGAACAUCUGGGUAUGAAGGGUUUUCUCAAUUUCUGUAAUAUCUCUAGUGCAAUACAGUCUAAAAGACUACAAACCCUAACCCUAACCCUAACCCCAAGUAUAGGAUUCUAUAGAUAUUGUCAUUUUGGUUCAAACCCAUCAUCCCGUUUGGUGGAGAAGACUGCGCAGAACAGGGUUGCAAUUUUCUGGGAUUUGGAUAAUAAACCACCAAAGUCAUUUCCUCCUUAUGAUGCCGCUGUGAGGCUAAAGAAGGCGGUGGCAUCGUUUGGGAUUGUUCGUUACAUGGUAGCUUAUGCCAAUCGGCACGCAUUUAGUUAUGUUCCUCCUGUAGUUAGGGAACAAAGGAAAGACAGGAAGGCAUUGAAUCAGUUGGAAAAUAAGGGCAUUAUUAAACAUACUGAAUCUUAUAUAUGUCGAGUUUGUGGGAGGAAAUUUUAUGCAAAUGAUAAGCUUGUCAAUCAUUUUAAGCAAAUUCAUGAGCGUGAACAUACGAAACGAUUGAAUCAGAUAGAGUCGGCAAGAGGGAGUAGGAGAGUAAGAUUGAUUUCGAAGUAUUCGAUGAAGAUGGAAAAGUACAAGAAUGCAUCCAGGGAUGUUUUGACUCCGAAAGUUGGGUAUGGUUUGGCAGAUGAGUUGAAACGAGCUGGAUUUUGGGUUAGGACUGUGUCGGAUAAACCACAGGCAGCGGACUUUGCCCUGAGGAAUCACAUGGUGGAUAUGAUGGACAAGAGGCUAGUUGAAUGUGUGGUGCUUGUAUCGGAUGAUUCGGACUUUGUGGAGGUUUUGAAGGAAGCAAAAUUGAGAUGCUUGAAGACAGUUGUUGUGGGUGAUAGCAAUGAUGGGGCUCUUAAGAGAACUGCCCAUGCUGGAUUUUCAUGGCAGGAAAUCAAGAUUGGGAAGGCUAAGAAGGAGGCAGUAUCGGUUGUGGGGCGGUGGAAGGACCGUGACAUAUUGAAAAGAUUGGAGUGGACUUACGACCCAGAGAUGGAGAAGAAACUAUAUGAUUUCGGUGAUGAGGCUGAUGGUGAGAGUGAAAACUCGGAUACUGAAGGCUUUCUUUCUGUGGAAGCUGAUGAUUUUAUGCAGAAGGAAGAUGCUGGUGCUUGGUGGGAACUGAAAUCUGGUGGCGAUGUCACAUCUUCAUAAUCACUGGUGCAAUUAUUUGUGGGCAUAAGUGCAUUGAGUUGUGACCUGCAUUGGAAAUUUCUUCUUUGCAGGAGCGCAUACAUUCUUUCGGUCUCUAGAUGCUGCAAUAUUUUUGUUUUCAUGUGUUUCAGAUAUCCCCAUAGAAAGGCUUGUCCUUCCAGUGAUUUCUACGAAUGACGUGCUUACUUGGGUUGUGAACUAUGGGUAUGAACAUCAAUUUACGUUUUGACGUGGUUAUCUUUUGAAGGUGAAUGCAUAUGGUUCAUGAUAAUUAAAUGAUUUAGAAAUGAUGAUUCUAUGUUGUCUAUUAAAUGUCUCCAUAUAUGUUCACCACUAAUUCCUUGGUUUAUAGUUCAUAUGUUGAAGUAUCCAAUAUGGCAAUAUGGGUAGUUGAUAUUUUCUUAUUUUUCUAUUAUCUAUUUAUUUACAUUUUUAAUUUUUUGAGGGGCUAUAAAUUGCUUUAUUUUUUGGUAGGACGUGUUUUUCUUUAAAGAGUAACAGCAGGUUAGGCUUUAAAAUUAUAAUUGCCGAAGCGAGUUAAGCAUGAACAGUGUUUGAACUUAUCGUAUUUGGUAACCACUAAUGCUGGAUCAAAUUGCUAUCUAUCAUAACUUUGUUUAUAUGCAGAUGGAAACACAAUAUAGUUCUAGAAUCAAGUUUUAAGCAAUAUAUAUUCAUUAAAAAAAAAAAAAAAAAAAAUUACUGUGUCAAAUUGGUGAAACAUACAUUCAUCCAUUUCAGUACAUAAUUGAAAACUAGAUAUGGACUAAAUUAUCCAGCUAGUUUGCCAUCCAUGUACCAAAAGGAGACCAUUAUAUAAAGUUUGGCGCACGCACAGCUGUGACCCUCAAGUCCAAUAUUUCGAGUUCAUCAUCAGUGAUCACCCCAAUAAAUAACCUAAUUGGGGGAAAAAGAUGAAAUAUAUAAAGCAAGUUCAUCCAUUAUUUUUUUUUGAUAGAUACAAGUUCAUCCAUUAUUACCCUCAAGGUCAUUAUCAACAUCAUCUGCUACAAUCAUAUAAUUAUGAGCAUCUUCUUCUCAUCUUCAAUCACUUCAAUCUUCCUGUUCUGUAAUUUCCUUCAUUUUGCCUUUCCUAUAUGCAUUCAAGUUCCUCGAGCCUAUAAAAUUGAACUUAUUAGAAUUCUCAAAUUAUAGAAAUAUAUUGAACGUGUGCCACUUGGCAUACUUUCAUACUUGAAUUAAAACAAUUGUUAUUAUUUGGAUAAGUAUAUAUUCAUUCAAAAGGCACCAAAACUAGGGGUUAAUCCAUCAUGUACAUAGAGAGUGUAGACCAAAAGAUAAAGAUUAUAUACUUUAAUCUCUUCCAAAGCUUUACCAAAAAAAAUCAAUGAAUGGUCUAAUUGUGUUGACUCCAGAUCUGUGGCUGCGCAUUGGAGUCUGCCUUCUUCAGUGAUCAAAUAGUUCUUGCUUAGGUUGCUGUUCGGUGUGGGUUUGCUUUGGUUGCCCUCCCCUGCUCUGUUUGCUGUUGUGCUCAUUCAAAUUUUGUUGUAGCAACGGUCUUAUUGUGUGGGUUGGGUUUGGUUCUUUGUUGCUCUUCUUGGGCUUGCGCCUUUCGGCUUGUAUGUUUGGGCUUUGGCCCCUCCUUUUUGUACCUCUAGUUUCUGCUUAUAAUACUUUGAAUUACUGAAAAAAAAAACCUCCCCCUAACAAAAAAUACGAGGGAGAUCAAUUGCAAUACUUGACAGUCUAGAUUGGAGACUCAAAUUCUUCAGACAUACCUAGUAUAUUUGGUCUCCCCUAAUUCUCUACCAGAGGCAAAGUGGCACCAAUUUUAACACAUUGCUAAUUCUCUUCCCAACUCUAUAUCCUCUCGAGUUAGAUAGAAUAUCCCAUGCUGUUAUAGGCAUCACUCGGUGAACUCUUAAGAAGGUAAGGAGAAGGUCCGCAUACAUUAUGCCAUCUGAUGAAAAGGGGGAAUGCUGAACCUAAACUUUUCAAAAUGUACAUAAGGUAUUUAUUAAUUUUUGUAAGCCAUCCUUUGCAAAGUAGAAUUUUGGUUUCAUGCAGUAGGGGGGAAAAUGUUUUAAAAAUUGUUGCCUUCUAAAUUAUUUUUAGACUUUUUUUUAAUAUAUGGCAUGUUUAGAAUUAAAUACAUCACAUAGCCACAUUAUUUUGAACUCUUUUGUAUUGGGGUUUCUUAUGCUAAGAUAUGUUGCAGUUGUGUAAAAUAUCUGACAUUAUGAUACUAAUGUUAUUUAUGGAAAAUUUUAAUUUCCUUUACAUAAAUGUCCUUGCUCAUCAUGAACUGAAUAAUAUGAUGUUGUAAUCAUUUUUGAGGAAAAUUUAUUAUAAAAAACAUAUGUGAAUCAGAGUUUCUUUCUUUCCUUUAUUUUCUUCAUGUGCAUAAUCAGAUUUAAGUUUCUUUUUCCCUUGUGUAAUUUGUAUUUAGGAUGGAACUAUAAUAUGUGGUCAGAAUGAAAUAUCACAUCCAACCACUGGAUCCAUGGAACCUGUAAAUAAGGUUUUCCCCACAGCAAACCCAGCUGUCCUGGACCAGUUGAGCAGUUUGGACUGUAUUAUCUAUGCCAUGGGAUCCCUCUUUACUUCGAUCUGCCCCUCUGGUAUGAUUAUGAACCAUUUAUUUUUUUGAAAGAAGAUUGGGCAAGCUUGAGGUAAUAUUAACUAGAAACACACAGAAAAAUGAAAUGGAAGAGAAAUUAGCUCAUUCAUCUGGAGGGGCAAAGGAAAAGCCCAACAUAGGGGUCAUCUGGUUGUUGGUCCUGAAUUGAAUCUGGUUUCAGUUUUGGAUUGCUUUCUUCCUCUACAGUUUUUUUUUUUUUUUUUGUCUUAAAUGUUGCAAAUGCUGUGCAUUUAAUAUUUAUCAGCCACAUGUUAAAUUAACUUUGUUUUGUAUAACUUGUUAAUGCUGCUGAACACAAAUUUAGUGUUGCAUCUUCCUGAAGCAGCUGAAAGCACAUGAACUAUGCCUUUUUUUGUUCAUUUGUGUAACUGUUUCAUGCCUUAACUUGUAUAUCUAUCUGUAGAUAAUUGGAGUGAUGAUAAUUGCAAAUAUACUAAAGUACGAAGGGACUUACCUAGCUUCUUUUUGUUUAAAUAUGGCUGUCCUAAUUGUCUAUUGCAUAGAUGAUUGUAUUUACUAACCUUAAAUGUAAAGAAAUAUACCCUACAAGGCUACAAAGUAUUUUUCCACCGACUUUUUUUUCCCACCCACUUUUGAUCCUUCUUGCUGGUAAAUGUUCCGUGGUCUUGUUCUUUUGUGGAUUCGGUAGUUUGUUUAUUAGAAACAUAAAGAAAAUUUCAAAUUCUUAUUAACUUGUCUAAUUUUUGGGUUUUACUUGGCAUUGGGGAAAUUAUCUCUUCAAGAUCCUGUCCCAAGGUAAUCUUCUGUCAAGCUAUUAAGUAUGUGCUUUUUACUUAAAAAAGAGACUACUAAGUAAUUGUUCUAUGGUUGUUUGCUUCUUCAUCAACUUGAGGUUAACGAAUUUGUAAUGAUUGGUUCCGUUGGAAAAUUUUGAGUUGACAUUCUCUCCGAUUAGCCCUUCUAUAGUGUUUUGAUGUUAGAGAUCCUUGAAUAUAUCUAUAGCUGCAAGUUAUUAAUACCUGAUAUGGUUGUUAAUUUGCAGGCUUUAACAUUGCUUUCUUUGUAUUGAUCCAGUUCCUUCCAUUCGAAUACUAGGUAGUUCUGUUGAAUGGUACACAUGAUCAAGAAACUAGUGGCUUUUCUGCUUCUUGCUUUGUAGUUGCCAUUACAGAUGCUCUAAAUCGAACUUAGGGUAUCCUCAUAAUGGUCUCAAGAACCCUGUGAGUAGAUUGAUUUAGAUGAAAGAGUUCAGAUGUCAAGUAAAUUGGCUAUGUUGAUACUGCGAUGAAUAAAUUCUUUUGUUCGAUCCA